AUGCAGCAAAGGAAGCACAUGCUGCAAAGGCAGCACAUGCUGCAAAGGCAGCACACAUUGAGAAGCCUGAAACACACUGGAAAGGCAGCACAAACUGGAAAAGCAGCAUAUACUGGAAAGGAAGAACACAGUGGAAAGGCGCAGACAUUGCUCAACUUGAGAGGACAGCUAAACUUGAGAGGACAGCUCAACUUGAGAGGACAGCUCAACUUGAGAGGGCAGCUCAACUUGAGAGGGCAGCUCAACUUGAGACGACAGCACAGCUUGCGAGGACAGCACAGCUUGCGAGGACAGCACAGCUUGCGCGGACAGCACAGCUUGCGAGGACAGCAAAGCUUGCGAGGACAGCAAAGCUUGCGAGGACAGCAAGGCUUGCGAGGACAGCACGGCUUGCGAGGACAGCACGGCUUGCGAGGACAGCACAGCUUGCGAGGACAGCACAGCUUGCGAGGCCAGCGAGGCUUGCGAGGACAACACAGCUUACGAGGACAGCUCCACUUGAGAGGACAGCUCAACGUGAGAGGACAGCUCAACUUGAGAGGACAGCUCAACUUUAGAGGACAGCUCAACUUGAGAGGACAGCUCAACUUGAGUGGACAGCUCAACUUGAGAGGACAGCUCAACUUGAGAGGAAAGCUCAACUUGAGAGGACAGCUCAACUUGAGAGGACAGCACAACUUGAGAGGACAGCACAACUUGAGAGGACAGCUCAACUUGAGAGGACAGCUCAACUUGAGAGGACAGCUCAACUUGAGAGGGCAGUUCAACAUGAGAGGGCAGCUCAGCUUAACAGGACUGCUCAACUUGAGAGGACACCACUACUUGAGAGGAAAGCACAACUUUCGAGGACAGCAAAGCUUGCGAGGACAGCACAGCUUGCGAGGACAGCAUGGCUUGCGAGGACAGCACGGCUUGCGUGGACAGCACGGCUUGCGAGGACAGCACAGCUUGCGAGGACAGCUCAAUAUGAGAGAACAACUCAACUUCAGAGGACAGCUCAACUUGAGAGGACAGCUCAACUUGAGAGGACAGUCCAACUGA